ACAUCCUUCGUUGCCAAAGUUGGUCCAUCCUCCACACACUCAAAUUGCAUCGCAUAUUUCUCUGCUCCUUCCUUCUCUUCUUCUUCUCUUUCACACUUUCGCAUUGACUAUUUCAAAAUAAAAUACUAUCAUAACUCUUCAGUGAUCGUCAAAACUUAGACCCAACCGUAAAUGAAGAAAGUGGUGGUUAAGUUGGAUUUGCACGAUGACAAAGCAAAGCAGAAGGCCAUGAAAUCGGUUUCUAGCCUAUCAGGCAUCGAUUCGAUUUCGAUGGACAUGAAGGAGAAGAAACUGACUGUAGUGGGUGACAUAGACCCUGUGAAUGUUGUGAGCAAAUUGAGAAAAAGUUGGCACACUGAAAUUUUAACUGUUGGGCCGGCAAAAGAGCCAGAGAAAAAGAAAGUUGAAGACAAAAAAGAUGAUGGCAAAAAAGAUGACAACAAGAAAAAAGAUGAUGAUAAGAAGAAAGAUCCAAAUCAACAAAUUGAGGAGCUUGUCAAGCUCUACAAAGCUUACAAUCCCCACAUGACUACAUAUUAUUAUGUUCAGAGUGCUGAAGAGAACCCUAAUGCUUGUGCCAUUUGUUGAUAUAACUCAUCUUUUCAGGAAUGCUUUCUGUGUAAAUUAUAUUUUGAGACAUCCAGAGAUUAAUCAUGUAUCAAAAUAGGCUUCUAGAUUUUGAAUGAAUGAAUAAAUUGAUGUGUGAUUUAAAGAAAUAUGUAAAAAAAAAAUAUUGAAUCUGCCA